CGGUGCCUGAGACGGGUCUGCUAAGCCACGAUGCGCUAAGCAGCUGGCGCCGGCCCCCCUGAGCCAGCGCUCAUUCCACUCACGCCAGUCCAUGUCCUUCAUUCUUCCUCGAACCGACGCCAUAAUAAGACAUCUUUGUUUUCCUACUUCUCGUAUCUCUUGUCUUUUCCCUCCAACCACAUUCCAACGGAUUGCUGCACUCUUUUGCAUUCCGACAUUCUUUUUAUCUUUGACUGAAAACUGUACUUUCUCACACUCACGCUCCCUACUACAAUCCGACGAAUCGACUUGCGAUACUCGAGCAUUAAUCCAUCAUGCGUUUCACUUCCACCAUUGCCGCUGGCAUUGCCGCCGUUGGGGCGGUUGCCGAUGGAAGCAACUACCUUGGCUUCAACAGCGGUGCCACCCUCGCCGACCGCUCUGCCAAGUUCAAGGCCGACUUUGCUGCCGAGUUCAAGACUGCUGCGAAGCUGAACGGUGCCCCCGGCAAGUUCAACUCGGCUCGUCUCUACACCAACAUCCAGGCCUACUCUCAGGAGGAUCCCAUUGAGGCUUUCGAUGCCGCUGUCGAGACCAAGACUCACCUCCUCCUCGGUGUCUGGGCCUCAGGCACUGACAACAUCGACAAGGAGAUCAGCGCCCUGAACAAGGCCAUCGAGAAGUAUGGCUCCGAGCUGACCGACCUCAUCAUCGGCGUCAACAUUGGCUCCGAGGAUCUCUACCGCACCUCUGUCACCGGUCUCAAGAACGACCCCGAGGGUGUAGGCGCCUCACCCAAGACCAUUGUCAGCUUCAUCAACGACUGGAGGAAGGCAUUCAAGUCGAGUGCUAUUGCUGACGUGCCUGUUGGACACGCCGACACCUGGGACGUCUGGAACAACUCCACCAACAAGGCCGUCAUCGACGCCGUCGACUUCAUCUCCGUCCACGAGUACCCCUACUACGAGAACGACAAGGGCAACAGCAUUGAGAACGCCGGCAAGCUCUUCGACAGCGCGUACCAGGCUACCCUUGCCGCUGCCGGCGACAAGCCCGUCUGGGUCACCGAGACCGGCUGGCCUUACGUUGGUGAGACCUGGGACGAGGCCGUGGCCAGCGUCGAGAACGCCGAGAAGUACUGGAAGGAAGUCGGCUGCAAGAAGCUGUUCAACAAGACCCCCACCUUCUGGUACACUCUCCGCGACUCCAACCCCGCCAACUCGAUGAAGUUUGCCAUCACCGACAAGCUGUCCACCGAGCCCCGCUUCGACCUGAGCUGCCCCAAGGACUCUGGCGAUGAGAAGGACAAGGAGAGCAAGACCAGCACCUCCUCCGAGGCCACCAAGACCCACACUUCUGCGGACCACACCAGCAUGGUGACCAGCAGCUCGGCCACUGCCACCAACGGUGGCUCGGACAACUCCGAGGAGAGCUCCGGCAACAGCUCUGGCUCCGGCUCUGGAUCUGGCAACGGAUCUACCUCUGGCUCCGACAACAGCAGCGAUGCGGAGGCCAGCAACACCUCGGACGGUGCGGGCGCCGUGGCCACUCCCAGUGGUGACAACGGCGCUGGACUCCUCAAGAUCAGCGCUGCCGGUGCUCUUGCCGCUCUCAGCGCCCUCGCCCUCUUCUAGGUUGCAUUAGCGAUGCCUGUUUUCCUUGGAUUGCUGUACAUCGUUAGCAUGCCGGCUGUGUCUGCCUAAGGUCUGAUUUUGGUUCCAUAUGGAUGGCUACUUCGGCUCAGGAUAGAUCUUGGAUGAACUAUAGACUUAUAAUCCUGCCUUGAGACGUGAAACGUUCUAGUACUAG